AUGGAGAACCAGACGGAAGUGAGCGAGUUCAUCCUCCUGGGUCUAACCAAGCUCCAGGAGCUGCGGUGCUUCCUCUUCGCUCUCUUUCUCCUUCUUUACAUGACCAGUGUGCUGGGGAAUGGGGCUAUCAUGGCCGUGGUGAUGGCCGAGCCCCGGCUCCACACCCCCAUGUACUUCUUCUUGGGCAACCUCUCCUGCCUAGACAUCUGCUGCUCCACGGUCACCAUACCCAAGAUGCUGGCUGGCUUCCUCUCGAGACAUCAGAUCAUCUCCUUCACCGGCUGCCUAAUCCAGCUCCAUUUCUUCCACUUCCUUGGCAGCAGCGAGGCCGUGCUGUUGGCUGUCAUGGCCUAUGACCGCUAUGUGGCCAUCUGCAACCCACUGCAUUACAAGCUUGUCAUGAACCCACGGGUCUGCCUGCUCCUGGCAGUGGCCACCUGGUCCAGUGGUUUCCUGCACGCCCUGAUGCACACGGUCAUGACCUCCCGGCUGCAUUUCUGUGGCCCCAAUCAUAUCCACCACUUCUUCUGUGACAUCAAACCCCUGCUGAGCCUGGCCUGCAGCAGCACCCGCCUCAACCUGAGCCUCCUCAACAUCGUCACUGGAGCCAUCGUGAUAGGCCCAUUCCUACUUAUACUCCUCUCCUACCUCUACAUCAUCUCCUUCCUCCUCCUGAAUGUACAGAGCAGGAGAAAGGCCUUCUCCACCUGCACCUCCCACCUCACAGUGGUGAUAAUACAAUAUGUGCCCAUUAUCUUUAACUAUGUAUUGCCCUGGCAUGGGGAUUCCCAAGAUAGGGACAUGAUAGCCACCCUCAUGUACAGCAUCAUCACCCCAGUUCUGAACCCCCUGAUCUACACCCUGAGGAACCAGGAGGUGAAAUCUUCCCUGAGGAAAGCGGUAGGAAGAAAACUAUUCCCUGGAAGGACAUGA